AUGAUCAUCGCGGAGGCGACUCAGGUCGGCAACGACGGGCAGGGUUACCCUUUGACCCCCGGUAUCUACACCCCGGAACAGAUUGCCGGGUGGAAGAAAAUCACCGCUGCCGUCCACGCCAAGGGUGCCAAGAUGGUCUGCCAGAUUUGGCACUGUGGCAGGAUCAGCCACGAGAGCUAUCAGCCGGAGGGGCGCGCACCGCUCGCACCAUCGGCCCUGGCAUGCCCCGCAGGGGAGUGCAUGACCAUGGAGGGGCCCAAGCCGUGGCCGGUGCCGCGCGAGAUGACCAUCGAGGACAUCAAGACCUGCGUCGAAAAGUUCCGCCAGGGCGCACUGAACGUUAUGGAGGCAGGCUUCGACGGAGUGGAGAUUCACGCCGCAAACGGGUACCUGAUAGAUCAGUUCCUCAAGGACAGCUCCAACAAGCGUACCGACGACUACGGGGGCUCGCUGGAGAACCGCUUCAGGCUGCUCAAGGAGAUCUUGACGGCUUGCCAAGAGGCCGUCGGCAAGGACAAGGUCGCCGUUCGUCUCACCCCGGGGGGCACAUACCACGACACCAAGGACAAGGCCGAGGAGGCCACGGGCAACCACGAGUACUUCUGCCGGCAGCUCAGUGGCAUGGGCCUCCUGUACCUACACAUCAAGCUCGCGGACGACCAGGACGUGCGCCACGGGGGCAAGGUCGUCCCCAUCGAGACGAUCCGCAAGGCCUUCGACGGCGUCCUCAUCUCGAACAACCGGUACGACGAGAAGGAGGACUUCGGGGAGGGCGACCUCGGCGAGAGCUACGACGCCGUGUCCUUCGGGAGGGCGUUCCUCGCCAACCCUGACCUGCCCGUUAGGGUUGCCAAGAAGGCCCCCCUGAACGAGUGGGACCACACUACCUUCUUCGGGGGCACCGGGAAGGGCUACACCGACUACCCGUUCAUGGACGCUUGA